AUGGCAACUGCAGGUGACGGUAAUUCACCUAUGGAUUCUAACGACACCCCGAGAGCCAUCGCGAUGCCGUUCACAUUGAGCAAACUUGCUUACUUCGCGUGUGACCCCGAGUCGCGUGAAUUAUAUAAUACGAAGAGCUUCGGAUUGAGGGUCGAUUUGAAGGAAUGCUGCACAUUUCUGAUGGCACCCAGCGAUAGACGGCGGGUCUUGAGACGAGAAUGUUAUGAUUUAUCAGACGUGUGCUCUAUAGCCUCCUUCAACGGGCACCUUGACUGCCUGCAACAGGCGCAUGUAGCGGGCAUUCCGUGGGACUGGCGCACGACCGAGGUGGCCUGCCGAUCCGGGAACAUUGAAUGCUUAAUGUAUGUGCAUACUAACGGUUGCGAGACGGGCGGCUACGUUUCCGUGCUGGCCGCGGCCUGCGCUGGCAAAAUACAAACCCUGGAAUAUUGUUGGAACCACGGGUUCAAGUUCCCGCGAAACCUGUGCACGUUGAUCGCGCGGUUCGGCAGCAUUGAGUCCUUGCGUUACAUAAGGGCGUUAGGCUUCAGUUGGGACGUCUCAACAACCGCAGCGGCCGCGCGUUUCAACCAACUGGAAUUCCUAAAGUACCUGCACCAACAUGACUGCCCCUGGGACGCUACAACGUGCUACUAUGCAGCACAGCACGGCAACUUAGAGUGCCUUAAAUAUGCGCAUGAAAAUGACUGUGAAUGGGAUAUGCGCACGUGCCACGGCGCCGCGCAGUUCGGCUAUAUAGAAUGCCUGAAAUACGCUCACACCAACGGGUGCGAGUGGAACAUUCUCACUACUAUGAUGGCGGCCAUCAACAAACAACAUCACUGCUUCAGUUACGCAUUACAGAAUGGAUGUCCCUGGCCGGACUGGUUGACUUGGGAACGCAUAUCUGAGAAUAAGUUAUGA